AUGGCUGAACGAAUCCAACUCAUAGCUGGUCAAAUUGCCUCGGUAGUCGCUGAUACCGGGUCCAAUCUCGCAUCUCAUUCCAAGGAAAUAGCAAUACAACACCCCGUGGCAUCCGUAGCCGUCGGGACAGGGGCUGCCCUGGUGGCCUGGCCAUGGCUCUUGACCAUUCCAGCCCUGACCAUGGCCGGAUUUGGUUAUCCGGGCAUAGCAUCAGCGUCCUUCGCAGCGACCGUCCAUAGCGCGAUCGGGAACGUCGCGACUGGAAGCGCCUUUGCAAUUCUUCAGAGCGCAGCAACGGGCGGAGCUGGUGCUGCCAUUGUCAAUGGCAUCGUCCAGGGAGCCGGGCUUAGCGUCGCCGCUGGUGGUGCCGCCAUGGGCUAUUCUGCCCAUCAGUCUAGUGAGGACGUAAAGAACGAGCAGGGUGAGGAGCCCGUGCCUGGAAACAAGGCCGGCGAAGGAGCCAGCGAAGGGGUUGUGAAGAAAGAUUGA